AUGUGUACCCCAUUCGAUUCCUUAACUUGUCUAGAACCAACACCACUGCAUAGUUCUCAUGUCACUUCUCCUUCUCAAUCAGUUCCUCUACUGCAGACUAUGAGCUUCUUAGGUUUUUCUUUGCUGUCAUUCUUCAUCCUCACUAGCAUCCUUCUUGUUUCAUCUCAAAACGAUAACGAGUAUGAAGAUGUUGUCAAGACAGUAAAAAAGAUCAACAAACAUGUUUUGCCAACUAUAAAGAGGCCAGAUGGAGAUCUCAUUGAUAAACAGAAUAAACCAAGUUUCAAUCACUCUAUUUUACGGGACCACACGAUUCAAGAGGUGCCUGCACAAAUGCUUAAAAGGAAGAAAUAUGCAAGGAACAGUAGGAUUUAUAAUAAAGCAUUUCAAAUUUGCCUACGAAACAGGAUGAUGUGUACUAACAAUACUAUUCCUGUAAGACGAAGCACAAUUGCUGAUGUUAUGAGACUCAAUUCUACUUCUGAAUUCAAAACGAAACAAAAAUCUUUUCAACAUCAGCUUCCGAUUUUUACUGAGAACCAUGAGUAUGCGACCGUCGUCUAUGACGCAGUACCAGUGUUAUAUGCGGUGGCAGGAGCAAUAAAAAUAGCUAGGCCAUCGGUUUUUGGUGAGAAUGGGUGCAGCCAAGCUCAUGUUCAAAUCAGAACAGGAUCAGGACAAGAUUUUGAAAGCAUUACAGUUGGAUGGAAUGUAUGCCCGGUGUUAAAUGGUGAUAAUAACAUCAGACUAUUCCUUUUAUGGACAAGGGACGGGUAUCAGACGACAAAAUGUUACAAUUAUGAGUGUAAUGGAUUCGUUGCGGAAAACGACGAGGACAACGAGGACGAUGUCGUGCUAGGAGAUGAACUUGAGCCAUCACCUGCCCAUCCCGACAUUUAUGUCAAAAUUUGGAAGGAUCCAGUGCGACAAAUUUGGUCGUUGAUGAUUGAUGAUGACGUGAUGGGCGAAUGGAGAAGGGAUAUAUUUCUUCGGUUGGGAGGUAUAUAUACGAGUGUAGAGUGGGGUGGUGAGGUAUCCAACAACAGGACACAAAUGGGGUCUGGUCGUUUUGAAAACGAGGAAGGCGCAUGUUAUAUUUGUAACUUAGAGAUCAUGACUUUGGAUAACCCCCACCAUCUCAUUCAAGUUCCAUUUGAAGAGCUUACGGAAAGGGAGACAAAUCCAGAAUUAGCAGAACUCCAUCAAUCGGCUGUUCGAUCAAUAUAUGUUGAAUUAGUAACCUUGUUAGUACGUCACAUGUUGCAUACUAUGAACUUCUCAAGUUGUUCUUUGCUGGCAUUCUUCAUCCUCACUAGUAUCCUUGUUUCAGCUCAAAAUUAUAACGAGUAUGAAGAUGUUGUCAAGACAGUAAGAAAGAUCUACAAGUAUGUUUUGCCCAAGUUAAAGGGACCACACAUUUUGCAAAAAGAAAAUUUUCACUUUACCUUGCCAAUCCAAGUUCGCUGCACUAAUCUUGGCAUAGGCAUUGAUCUUGCUCGCCAUGACCCGCCGAUCUAA